AGACAGGAGGAGACACUGCUGCCUGUGAGUAGCACCAGCGGAGAGGGAGCACGUCGGAGGGUCUCUACCAGGAGGGGAUGAUGGAGGAUUACCGGCCCCCCACAUCACAGGGUCUCACUGAGGAUAAAGAAAUAUCUGGAGGAUCCUGCAUCCCUAUUUCUUCUUCGUACUGUAUGACCAAGGAUCACAGUGUUGUUAUAGAUAACCAGACUGAUCCAGUUGAGACACAUUGUACAUCUACUCACAUAAAGGCGGAACCAGUCUCAUGUGAUGGAGGAGACCUCACACACACUAAUAAUUAUACUCCCACAUAUCAUACGCAGUAUACAUCUACUCAUAUUAAGGAGGAACCAGUCUCAUGUAACGGAGGAGACCUCACAAACACUGAUAAUUAUACUCUCACAUACAAAACACAGUAUGCAUCUACUCAUCUUAAGGAGGAACCAGCCUCCUGUGAUGGAGGAGACCUCACUGAUAAUUAUACUCCCACUUAUCAUACACAGUAUACAUCUACUCAUCUUAAGGAGGAACCAGUCUCAUGUAACGGAGGAGACCUCACAGACGCUGAUAAUUAUACUCUCACAUACAAUACACAGUAUGCAUCUACUCAUCUUAAGGAGGAACCAGCCUCCUGUGAUGGAGGAGACCUCACUGAUAAUUAUACUCCCACAUAUCAUACACAGUAUACAUCUACUCAUAUUAAGGAGGAACCAGUCUCAUGUAACGGAGGAGACCUCACAGACGCUGAUAAUUAUACUCUCACAUACAAUACACAGUAUGCAUCUACUCAUCUUAAGGAGGAACCAGUCUCAUAUGACGGUGGAGACCUCACAGACGCUGAUAAUUAUACUCUCACAUACAAAACACAGUAUGCAUCUACUCAUCUUAAGGAGGAACCAGCCUCCUGUGAUGGAGGAGACCUCACUGAUAAUUAUACUCCCACAUAUCAUACACAGUAUACAUCUACUCAUAUUAAGGAGGAACCAGUCUCAUGUAACGGAGGAGACCUCACAGACGCUGAUAAUUAUACUCUCACAUACAAUACACAGUAUACAUCUACUCAUCUUAAGGAGGAACCAGUCUCCUGUGAUGGAGGAGACCUCACAGACGCUGAUAAUUAUACUCUCACAUACAAUACACAGUAUACAUCUACUCAUCUUAAGGAGGAACCAGCCUCCUGUGAUGGAGGAGACCUCACAGACGCUGAUAAUUAUACUCUCACAUACAAAACACAGUAUGCAUCUACUCAUCUUAAGGAGGAACCAGCCUCCUGUGAUGGAGGAGACCUCACUGAUAAUUAUACUCCCACAUAUCAUACACCGUAUACAUCUACUCAUAUUAAGGAGGAACCAGUCUCAUGUAACGGAGGAGACCUCACAGACGCUGAUAAUUAUACUCCCACAUAUCAUACACAGUAUACAUCUACUCAUCUUAAGGAGGAACCAGUCUCAUGUAACGGAGGAGACCUCACAGACGCUGAUAAUUAUACACCCACAUAUCAUACACAGUAUACAUCUACUCAUCUUAAGGAGGAACCAGUCUCAUAUGACGGUGGAGACCUUGCACACACUGAUAAUGAUACUCCCACAGAUCAUACACAGUAUAGCACUACUCAUAGUAAGGAGGAACCAGCCUCAUGUGAUGGAGAAAACCUCACACACACUGAUAAUUAUACGCCCACUGAUCAUACACAGUAUACAUCUACUCAUAGUAAGGAGGAACCAGCCUCAUGUGAUGGAGGAGACCUCACACACACUGAUAAUUAUACGCCCACAGAUCAUAUACAGUAUACAUCUCAUAGUAAGGAGGGAUCAGUGUCAUGUGACGGAGGAGACCACACACACCCUGACAUGUAUGCACCCACAGAUCAUACACAGUAUACAUCUAUUCAUAUUAAGGAGGGAUCGGUGUCGUAUGAAGAAGGAUGUGUGCUCUCUGAAUUUGCCCAUACUUUGGAGCAUAAUACACUAGACCAUACUACACCAGUUGGAAUCAAGGAAGUCUUAAAAAAUGGUUCACAAUGUGAUAAAAACAUACAUAAUAUAUCAGUGCCUCCGAAUGAAACUAAGUGCCAAAUUGUUUUUUCUGACAACUAUGACUUUAAUCAGGAAAUGCACAAACAGGAUAUAGCCACAGCCGGCGAUGGAAGCGGUAAGAGCAUUAUAGCAGAGAAGUCCUUUCUGUGUGACGUGUGUGGGAAACGUUUUACCCAGAAGUCGGCACUCAAUCGACACCAGCUGGUGCACACGGGAGAGAAACCCUUUCCCUGCUCUGUCUGUGGGAAGCAAUUCACCUGGAAAACCAACCUUAUGGAGCAUAACAAAAUCCACACUGGGGAGAAACCAUACCAAUGUCCGGAGUGUGGGAAGUCUUUUGCCAGUAACUCCACUUUCAUCAGCCAUAAGAAAAUCCAUGGGGGAGAGAAACCGUAUGCCUGCGAUGAGUGCGGCAAGUGCUUCAUGAAGAAGGCCAAUCUCAUUUGCCACCAAAGGAUCCACACAGGCGAGAGGCCAUAUCCUUGCUCCGAGUGCGGCAAAUGCUUUAUCAGCAACUCGGAACUGGUGGUGCACCGGAGGAUUCACACCGGGGAGCGGCCAUACCCAUGCUCCGAGUGUAGGAAGUCUUUUGUCUGUAGGUCAGAUCUGGUUAAACACCUGAGAACUCACACAGGGGAGAAACCCUACUCCUGCUCUGAGUGUAGCAAAUGUUUCGCUAGCAACUCCUCCCUCCUCACCCACCAGAGGAUUCACGUGGACGAGAAGCCGUAUCCUUGCCACGAGUGUGGGAAAUGUUUCAAGAGGACUACCAAUCUCAUCAGCCACCAAAGGAUUCACAAGGGGGAGAAACCACACAGAUGUGCUGAAUGCGGGAAGUGCUUCAUUAGUCACAUUUGCCUGGUCCAGCACCAGAGAGUCCACACCGGGGAGAAGCCCUACAUGUGCUCUGAGUGCGGGAAGUGCUUUGUCUCCAGGUCGGCUCUUGUCAGGCAUCAGAGGAUUCACACUGGAGAGAAACCAUUCCCCUGCGGGGAGUGCGGCGAGUCUUUUAUAUGUAGCUCGGCCCUUGUCAGUCAUCAGAAAAUCCACACUGGGGAGAGGCCGCAUUGCUGCUCUGAGUGUGGGAAAUGUUUCAUCAAGAAGACGAACCUCAACAACCACCAGAAAACUCACACAGAAGAAAAGCCCUAUAGCUGCCCCGAGUGCAGGAAGAGUUUUGUUAGCAGCACGGAGCUUGUUAAACAUCAGCGUAAUCAUACGGGGGAGACACUCUGCCUGUGCUCAAUUUGUGGGAAAUGUUUUACUUUGAAGUCGGCACUCAACCGACAUCAUAGAGUGCACGCAGGAGAGAAGCAGUUUUCCUGUGCCAUCUGCCAGAAAAGUUUUGCCUGUAAGUCCAAUCUGACGAAGCACCGGAUGAGUCACACCCGGGAUAAAACUUAACUUGUGUGCUAGAACUUGUUUUUCCUGUCGGUUACGCCAAAAUUGUAACUUAAGCAGUUGAACAGAAGGAAUCUAGAAGGGUCUUGACAAUCAAUAUUGUCUUUUGGUCAUUUGGAAUUGUGUUGGCGCCACUGUAACUUGCCAGCGUCGCUGCACUUCCUCUUGAACUGAUUUUUCAAAUCUCCACUGCCUGGCUCAAGUGGGUGAAUACAUUUUGCCAACCAGGCAGUGGGGAGAUUUGAUGAUCAUAUUUGACUGCUUGGCCUUUUGUAGGCUUUUGACUGAGUUUUAUUUUAAAGAUCUUGGGCAAUUUCUUGGAUUAUCUCUUACUGACAGCAAAAGUAUAAGUACUUUUAUGAGAAGCCGAUCGGGUGAGUUAUGUUGGCAGUGCAGCUUUAUUCUAAUCUCCUGCGUCCUGGUUUCAAAUUAGUUGAUGUUUCUCGGACAAGUUCCAGUGGUGCCCAUAUCAUUAACAAGAUGUUUUAGAAUGUUCUGUAAUGGGCAUCCCGUAUUCCUUAUUUGAACACCCUGGUAAUUAAUGUACGUGGUAAUUGAUGUGUAUUGCUCUUAGGAUCUGUUCCCUAUACAUUGAAAAAUUGCUAGUGUCGUAUGUACUGCACUAAUUCUCUGUACUGAAUAUAUUAUACACAGCGGGUCAAAAAAUCACUUGUACAUUUUUGUGUGGUGUCACCACGCAGGUUCCGAUAUAUAGAAUACAACCACUGGAAGAAUGUAGUUAAUGUAAUGUAACCAUAGGGAUGUGUGCAUCUGAGCAAUGACUGUCAACAAAAAAGGGACAAUUUUAAUGUUAUUUAAAACUAGCGUUUGCCCAUUGCUUCGCUCACGUAAAUGCCUGUGGUUGCUCAGCGGAACUAAUUUUAAAUAGACAGUAGUGCCAUCUAAUAUUGUGAUGUAUAUUUUAUAUUGUACACAUUGAUCACAAAAUUUCUUUGUAAACAAUAUUUGCAGUUUUUUCUUCAGGGAUAACACAAAGUAGCUUGGAGCUACUAACUCGUGAGCAAGCCACAUAAAGCUGCCCAUGGGAGAUACAGCUGGUCCUGAGAUCUAUGCCUGCGGUCCUGAGUGUUUGCCCCUGAGACUUGUUGUUCGUCAUAGCAAAGCAAAUGCUUACAGGAAACUGCAGGCGCUUGAAUUGUAAAGGAAAAUUGAUGGGGAUAAGGGGUAUAUGUGAUAUAGACUCUCUGCCUCAAUUAGGUUCCUCUGCAGAGCAGUCACUUUAAGUUGGGUUCUGUUGCAUAACUUGGGCGAAGUCAAGUUCCACAGAAGCAUGAUCAGAACACCAACUUUCAGAGUGUCAAGCGGCUGGUUUUUCGUUUAUUGCCCCUCCCCCUGAUGUCACAUCAAGACCAUACAUACCUCAGCGUCUUUCUAGGCCACUAAGCUAUACAAUCAUGAAAACGUCAUCCAAAUUCAUCCAGUAGUUCUUGCGUGAUGCCGGUACGAACAGACAGGCAAAAAUUCCUGAAAAAAACAAUUGUUUAGUCUCCACAGUCUCUUAGACAGAGAAGUAUUUUUCUGUAAAAAACAUUGCUAUGUUCAGACACAAACCCUUACAGUUUUAUUAUAUGUAUGGAUAUAUUUCAUUAUUCUGCACACUAUUUUAGUACCUAUAUGCUGGGGGGAAAAAACACAAGAGAGUAAUAUGACCAACUAUUGAGACGUAACGUUUACAUAACAGUCAUUUUAAAAAGUUUGUAAUCAUGAUUAAGGUCCUCUGUCCUACGUAAUGUUACACUUAUGUUCUUCACUUUGUCUGGGCAUUAAUGUCUGAUGACCCUCUUGCACUGGUUUAGUUACAUGGUCAAUGACUAUGUACUUCAGGUGUGCUACCACAAAAUGUCUGUGUAACAGGGGCUCCCUCUGUGUAUAGUAAACGGUAUCCUGUCAGGAUUCCGGCAGUCUAUACCGACAACUGGGAUGCCAAAUGAGAGGACACCGGUCUGUAGGAGAGGUAAGCCGCAGGGGUGGGGGGUAGAUUUAGGCUGCGAACAGAGGGUUAGGCUGUGGGUAGGGGGGUUAGGCAUCCCCCAGGGAGGGUUAGGCUUAGUCAACACCACUGAGAAUUAGGCUGCGGAAGGUGUAGGGUGUCAACACCACUGAGAAUUAGGCUGCGGAAGGUGUAGGGUGUCAACACCACUGAGAAUUAGGCUGCGGAAGGUGUAGGGUUAGGUUUAGGCUGCAGGGAGGGUGGGUUAGGAUUAGGGGGCCAGGGAGGGAAGGUAAGUAUACAGACCUUCCACUGUCGAGAUUCCUAUUCUGACCGGCGGCAAAGCGAACCCAUCCCUAGAAAUUGUAAUUACCUUUCUUCAUAUUGUUAUAGCGGGUAUAACUCAAGCAAGAGCGGGAGCCACACUGUUUGUCUAAGAAAUGUGAGAAUAUUGGAAGGAUAGUGGCUAAUUGCAUUUGUUCUUACUCAUUUAUCUCCCUUCUGAAUGAUGUUUGUAACGGAGAUUCUGGAAUCAGGAUAAUGGCAGGUUGUAGUAAAACUCUAGCGGCUAUGAUGUAUUAAUCCAAAGUACCAGGGUGGACUGAAAACCUGAAGCACUUAACUGAUUAUAAUUAGUUACCUUUGUGCAGUGGCGUAAGUUUGUCCCAGUUGCCCGGAGGCAAGAAAAAUAUUGGUGACC